AUGUGACUGGUAAAGAUGGCGGUCAGCAUCCGAGGCCGUCCUAUCCGAAGUAUACGGAUGCGAGGUCGGAAUGACAGUGGGGAGGAAAAUGUGCCGCUCGAUCUCACAAGAGACCCUUCCGAGAACAUGCGAGAGAUCCUCCAGAAUGUGGCCAAACAGCAAGGAGUCUCAAAUAUGCGCAAACUCGGCCACCUAAACAACUUCAUCAAGCUGCUCUGCAAUGUAGGGCACUCUGAGGAAAAGUUUGGCUUUACCUAUGAAGAAAUGAUCCUUUGCCUCAGGUUGGCACUGCUCAAUGAGGCUAAGGAGGUGCGGGCGGCUGGUUUGCGUGCUCUCCGCUACCUCAUCAGAGACAGUAAUAUCCUUCAGAAAGUGCUGCGGCUCCAGGUGGAUUACCUGAUUUCCAGGUGCAUUGACAUCCAGCAGAGUAAUGAGGUGGAACGCACACAAGCACUCAGACUGGUGAGAAAGAUGAUCACUGUGAACGCCCUGCUCUUCCCAAGCUCAAUCACAAACUCCCUCAUUGCUGUGGGUAACGAUGGACGCCAGGAGCGGGACCGUAUGGUUCGUGCCUGCAUCGCCAUUAUCUGUGAACUUGCACUGGAGAACCCUGAGAUUGUGGCAAAGAGGGGUGGUCUCAGCACCAUCCUGAAGAAUGUAAUCGACUGCCAGCUCAGUCGCAUCAAUGAGGCUCUAAUGACCACCAUCCUGCACCUGCUCAAUCACCCACAUACGCGGCAAUACGUUCGCUCUGAUGUGGAGCUCGAGCAAAUCCUGGCACCUUACACAGACUUUCACUACAGACACAAUCCAGACACAGCAGAAGGUCAACUCAAAGAAGACAGGGAGGCUCGAUUUCUGGCCAGUAAGAUGUCAAUUGUUGCUUCCCUUCGCUCUUGGUCAGGCAUCAUUAAUCUCUGCAAAUCAGGCAACUCUGGAAUCCAGUCUCUCAUUGGUCUGCUGUGUAUACCAAAUAUGGAAGUGAGGCGAGGUCUGCUGGAGGUGAUGUAUGAUAUAUUCAGACUCCCUGUUCCCGUGGUGACACAAGAUUUUAUAGAAGCUCUUCUCAGUGUGGACCCCAGUAGGUUUCAGGACAGUUGGAGACUGUCAGAUGGCUUUGUAGCCUCAGAAGCAAAAAUUAUUCUUCCGCAUAGGGCACGGUCCAGACCGGAUUUGAUGGAUAACUAUCUCGCCUUACUACUUUGUGCUUUCAUCCACAGUGGACUUUUAGAGGGCCUGGUUGAAGUGAUUACGAGCAGUGAUGAUGGUGUUUCAGUGCGUGCAACCAUCCUCUUAGGGGAACUCCUGCAUAUGGCCAACACCAUUCUCCCCCACUCCCAUAGUCACCACCUGCACUGCCUGCCCACUCUUAUGAACAUGGCUGCUUCUUUUGACAUUCCUCAGGAGAAAAGACUACGGGCAAGUGCUGCGGUCAACUACUUGAAGCGAUUUCAUGAAAAGAAGAAGCAAGGCCCCAAACCCAAUAGUCUUUACUUGGACCACAUUAUUCGCAAAUCACUGGCUGCUCAUUGCUGUCGGGACCAGAACCUAAGGCCCCAGAGGGACAUUUUUGUCAUUAAGGACACUGAGGAGGCCCUGAUGAUGAACCUCAGAGACAGUCAGAUUCUAAAUCAUAAGCAGAAUUUGGACUGGAACUGGGUGCUGAUCAGUACCAUACUUAAGUGGCCAAAUGCCAACCUUCGGAACAACAAAGAGGAACAGAUGUACAAGUUUGUGCGAAGGCUGCUGUUCUUCUACAAGCCUAGCAGCAAGCUGUAUGCUAGCCUGGAGCUGGACCACAGCAAGGCCAGGCAAUUAACUGUGGUGGGCUGUCAGUUUAUUGAGUUCCUGCUGGAGUCAGAUGAGGAUGGACAGGUGUAUCUUGAGGACCUGGUGAAGGACGUUGUGCAAUGGCUGUCCUCGUCCUCUGGGCUGAAACCAGACCGUAGUCUGCAGUGCAACGGCCUCCUCACUACUCUCAGCCAGCACUACUUCCUAUUCCUCGGCACUCUCUCUGCCCACCCCCAGGGUGUUAAGAUGCUUGAGAAGUGCAGCGUCUUCCAAUGCCUGCUGAACCUGUGCUCCCUGAAGAACCAGGACCAUCUUCUGAAGCUGACCGUUUCCACACUGGACUACAGCCGGGAUGGCUUAGCACGAGUCAUUCUCUCAAAGAUCCUCACUGCUGCUACUGACAACUGCAGGCUGUAUGCCACCAAGCAUCUGCGGGUGCUACUUCGAGCUAACGUGGAGUUCUUCAGCAACUGGGGUAUUGAACUGCUGGUGACUCAGCUACACGACCGCAACAAGGCUGUCUCGGUGGAGGCUUUGGACAUACUGGAUGAGGCCUGUGAAGACAAGGACCAGCCACUGUACUUCAGGCCCAAACUCCUAAAGGACCGCAUCCCCUUCACCAUAUUAGCUUCCAGUCGACUUGUCCGUAACCGCUUCCUCAUCUCCCUUUCCGGAAAGAAACUCCGUAGUACCAGUGACCCCAAAGGCACUGGUAGCAGCAGUAAACUCCAGGGUGAGCCCACAUUAGGAGGCCUAAGGAGGAUACGCACAGUUACAGAGCCCUCUAUAUUCUCUCCAGUUCAGGGAGAUGUAUUCAGUCCUGUAUUUACUGACGGACACCUGCUGAAAAGCCCAAGUGUUAGUCUGGAUACCUCUUUUGUGGGCUGCAAGACUUCGGAAACUCAGGGCAGCACAUCUAGUAUUGGGGAGUCGGAGGUGCAUCUGAACAAAGCUGGAGAACGGAGCUCAGGUGUUGGAGACGCCCCCCGGGAGCAGACCAGUCGGGAAAGGCUGGCCGGCGAUGGCUCAAACUCUGGGGGCGGGGCUCAAUUUAAAAGUCGCAGCCAGAGUUUCAACACGGACACUACCACCAGCGGCAUCAGCUCCAUGAGCUCCAGCCCAUCCCGAGAGACGGUGGGUGGCGUGGACUCUUCUACCAUCGACACGGACUGUGUUAGCCUCAAUACGGUCAUUAGCACUCAAACUGUCAAAACACUUAACUCUCUCACGCCCCAGUCCAACCACCUGCCCCUGUCCAAAUCUAACUCGGUACUGCUGAUGCCACCAGGUUCCUCUCAUACUUUGCCACGGAGGGCUCAGUCCCUUAAAUCGCCCUCUGUCACGACCAUUUCAAGCCUGACAGACUGUAGCUUCAUGUACACCAGCCCUCGAGACGCAUUGGGCUAUGCUACCCUCAAACGACUACAGCAGCAGCGCAUUCACCCUUCCCUUUCCCAAAGUGAAGCGCUCGCCUCGCCUGCCAAAGACGUGCUCUUCGCCGAUGCCAUCACUAUGAAUACUGGCAGCCUGGACUCCAGACUCACACCACGCAGGUAUACUAAAAAGCACUUCAGAUGUCUGGGCCAAGGUUCGUGCAGGCCCCAUCACAGAUCUCUGCUGCCACGGUUUCUCAAGGCUUUGAGUUUUGCAUCUCUGGAUAAGGAGGAUCUUCUGAGCCCUAUCAGUCAGACCUCCCUGCAGCGCUCCUCCUCAGUUCGUUCCAUGGUGUCCAGUGCCACAUAUGGCAACUCAGAUGACUACAUUGGCCUUGCACUGCCAAUGAACAUCAACAGCAUGUUCCAGAUUAAAGACAUACCGUACUUCCAGAAGAGGACAAGUCCACCGUCAGAAGACCGAUCAGCAAAGUUCUUCUCAGGAGAUGCAGAUGGUUCCAGUGAAGGAUCCAGGCAUUCUGUUCUGCGAUCUCAGCUUAGUAUCACGGAGCUGAUUGCGGUGAGCCGUUCAGACCAGCACCAGCUGCUGGGUGCGGAGGAGACCGGUCUGCAGGAGCACAACGAGGAGAACUGCCUUUACUGUGCAGGGCUCUACAUGCUUGGCUGCAAUUUAAGCACUCCCACACAAAGCCGCACAGACUAUCCCGAUGCUCCAUUCUCGGAGUGGUGCAGUCAGUCUUUACACAACCUGGAAGUCAUGCCUCAGUCUAAGUACUCAGGAGUGUCUGGCUGCAGCGACGCUGUCUCUCAGGGCUCUGGUGGCAGCACACGCAGCACCGAGCUUGUUCUUGGGGUGAAAAAUAUACCUGAGGAUGCUCCAGCGUGCCGUGUUCUUCUGAGGAAGGAGGUGCUUCGGCUGGUCAUCAACCUGAGCUCCUCAGUGGGGACAAAAGGGAAUGAAACUGGACUCCUCACAAUCAAGGAAAAGUUUCCUUAUGCGUUUGAUGACAUCUGCCUGUAUUCCGAAGUUUCAUACUUGCUGGCUCACUGCAUGUUCAGACUGGCUUCACGACGCUUCAUUCAGGAGCUUUUUCAAGAUGUUCAGUUCAUUCCGAUGUACGAGGAGGCUGAGAGCAUUCUGAUAGUUCCCAAGAAGUCUACCACAGUAGAUCUUCCAUCAGAGCCGUGAUCCUCUAGGCGUUUUUCCAGACUAUUCUCUUCCCCUAUGCAGCAUGCUGUCAAUCUUUUUCUUGGCCUGACCAGGCAACUAAGAUGAAUACGCAAUAAGAGACUAGGGCUAUGGGACAGACAUAAUUGGAUUGAGAGAGUCACCGGGAAUGUUUCCACAGAGAGGGAAAAAGCGGUACGUUAAGAGAACAAACUCUUUUUACAUGAACAAGUAUACUUUACACAGAUGCUCUGUAGACAUCUACAGUGGAUGUCGUAACCAAAUAAUUCUUGUAAAUGACUGUUAUGAACUGUAAUGCAUUGAACGGAAAGUGAAACAUGCGUAUAUUUGAACUGAGUCAAUGCAAACUGUAUUUCAAAUGCAAGCGAGCAAAAUCAAUCAAUAGUCUCUAGGGAGUUUAUUAACUUCUGUCAUUUCCGUUCAAUCAAUAUUGUCCUUUUUUAAGGGCCUGGGCGUAUGAUUGCACGUAACAAAAGCAUUAUUUCUUUUCCCUGAGUGGAUCCCUCAACACUACAACAUUCCAGCUGUUUUCUUUGGAUUUCUCUAUUAGUAAUUCUGGUUGUUUAAGUAUGAAAUGGCUUUCGCAACCAGGCUGAGCAAACACUCGUAAGACAAUCAUCAUUAAGUAAGAAUAAUAAUCAGCAUCUGACAGUUUUUCUUUCCCUUUUGUACCUGACUCAUAAAAUGAUUUUUUCAGAUUUUUAUUCUUGACGUAGCACAUAGCAAUCCCUGAGUAAAUGUAUGCACAUGUAUUUGAUGGUGGUGUUACACAAUCAUGCAAUAGCCACUGUAUUGUAUUAUUGUGUAACUUUGUUUACUGACUUGUGAAAAAUCAUCCAAAAAAAAUCUGACAUUUGAAUCCCUAAGAUAUUUAUUUAUUUAUUCACUUAUGUAUUGGUCCAAGCAGCUCCUCUCUGUCUCUUUGACUUUAUUUUAGCCCAUUAGCCAAGAUAAAACUGGCUGUGUAUUAUUUAUAUCUUGACAGUAAAUGUAUAGAAAACUGGGCGUCAAAAGAGGAAGUUAAAGUGCAUUUCACUACUGCUAUUUUGCAGUAGUUCUCUUCUCUGUUUUAAGUAAUUUUAGUGAUUUUGAAUUAAUAAUAGAAAUACUGCACCCAGAAUGUUCUCUUUCUGUAGAGAAAAUCAUUAAUUAUUGAAGCAUUAAUAAAACCAAGACUCGCCAAACAUAUUUCACAAUAUUUGUAUAUGAGAAAUACCUUUGUACUAAUAAUGCUUUUUAACCUGAAUGUGGUCAGGAGAUUUUGAAUGGGCAAAAACAUAUUGGGUCAGAAAUUAAGGUUAAACUGACAAGACAUGAUUAAGACUGAUCCUUAAUAUAUGACAUGUUCUGCUCAAAUUCAACUGCCUGUCAUUCAUAAACUACUACUAUGCUUUAUCGUUAUCAAUUUUUAUAACAGCAAUUCUCAGUAUUGCGCAUACCCAUUUUGGUUUAAUAAGAUAACAAAAUGUCUUCAGGGUUAGGAUGAAUCUAGUUUAACAUUGAAUAAAAAAA